AGAGCACAAACAGAGACAGAGAGAGAAAGAGAAGCAAAACCCAGAUAGAUUUCUGAGAGAUAAAAAAGAAAAAAAGAAAAAAAAAAAGAAUUAGCGAUGGAAGCCCGAGCAGUUGUUCCUGCACAACCAAGAGGGGCAGUUAAGGUAAAGAAUGAACCAGCACAAGGAAGGAACCGGAGAGCUCUUGGAGACAUUGGUAAUUAUGGGGUUCAAGCUUUGGAUGGAAAGCCCAAUGCCCAGAUUUCUCGUCCCAUGACAAGGAGCUUCCGUGCACAACUGUUAGCAAAAGAACAAGGGGCAGUAGAGAUAAACAAGAAGCCAGUUGUGCCAGCUUUAGACAAUAGAGUAGCCAUUAACAGAAGGCGUGUUACUGUAAAGAAGGUUGCAGAAGCUCAAAAGAGGGUAGAUGACAAGCCGAAUUCUGAUGAAUCCAAGACUGCAACCACGACAACUACUGAAGGAGAAAAGAUUGAAAGUGUUAGUGGAAGAAGGUCCAGAGAAGGGUCCUCAAGGAAGGAAGUGAAGACUCUCACAUCGAUCCUCACUGCUCGAAGCAUGGCUUCUUGUGGUGUUACUGUCAAGCCAAAGCCACAGAUUGUGAACAUUGAUGCCGCAGAUGUCAAUGAUGAAUUAGCAGUAGUUGAAUACAUUGAUGACAUUUAUCAGUUCUACAAGCUAGAAGAAGGAGAGAGUCGUGUUCGCGAUUAUCUGGACUCACAGCCUGAAAUUAAUGCAAGGAUGAGAUCAAUUCUGAUAGACUGGUUAACUGAAGUUCAUAGAAAAUUUGAAUUGAUGCCUGAAACCCUCUACCUUACCAUAAAUAUAGUUGAUAGAUAUCUUUCUCGGACAUUUGUUUCAAGGAGAGAACUUCAGUUAGUUGGCAUUUCCUCAAUGCUUAUAGCCUGCAAGUACGAAGAAAUAUGGGCUCCACAGGUUAAUGACUUUAUCUGCCUGUCAGACUAUGCUUAUACAGGAGAGCAGAUACUUGUCAUGGAGAAAGCAAUUUUGGGGAAGUUGGAGUGGUACUUAACAGUUCCUACGCCAUAUGUUUUUCUCGUUCGAUUUAUCAAAGCUUCUGUUUCACCAGAUAAAGAGAUGGAGAAUAUGGUAUUCUUUCUAGCUGAGAUUGGUCUUAUGCAUUAUCCAACUAUAAUUUUGUAUUGUCCAUCCAUGAUCGCGGCUGCAGCUGUCUAUGCUGCACGAUGUACCCUUGCUAAGAGCCCCUUUUGGAGUGAAACCUUAAAGCAUCAUACAGGCUACUCUGAAGAACAGUUAAUGAAUUGUGCUAAGCUACUGGUUGACUGUCACAUGGCUGCUGCUGCAGAAAGCAAGCUGAGGGUGAUUUACUGUAAAUUCUCAAAUCCCGACCGAGGUUCUGUUGCUCUUUUCACUCCAGCGAAAUGCUUUCAGGCCACAUGAUCAUGAAGAAAUGAUCAGAAUCUUAUUCUAUACUCCAUACAUAUAAUAAUAGUGCUGAACUGGAUAUCAGAAUCUUCUGAUUUGGUU